CUUAGUAACCACUAGUAAGGAAGAUGCUGUAAUGAUUCAGGAAACAGUGGAGCUUGUAUCCUACAAGUAAGACACAGGCUGAGUCAUAUGUGAGAGAGGAUGUCGCAGAGAAGGAAUACCCAUAGUAAAAGAAGAGAAGUCAGUUUCUGCUUUCUUUGUAGCUGGAUUGAUCGCACCAUGCUGCUGUGUCUGCUGCUUCUCACCCUCCCCUAUACCCACUCCCUAAAUCUGGAUAAGCUGAACCCCCAAAACUUUUCUGGACCCCAUGGAAGCUACUUUGGAUUCUCCUUUGACUUCUACCAGUCAGCAGAUAACAGAAUGAACAUAGUUGUGGGGGCUCCCAAACUGAACGCAUGGGUUCUGAAUGUCCGUAGUGGCGGAGGUCUGUUCUUAUGUCCAUGGGGGUCACAGACCAGCAGCUGCUCCCCUAUACCGUUUAAUGAUCGAUCAGGUGACACGUUUCUAACCAGCGAAGGAAGAAUGACCAUUUCUAAGUCUGAUCAGUGGCUUGGAGCAACCGUCAGAACCUGGAAAUCCAGCAUUGUGGCCUGCGCUCCCUUUCAGCAAUAUAACUUUGAGGACCUCAGUUUUAGCCGGACUGGACAUUCGGGGAGGACUCCAACAGGGGCCUGCUACCUUACCGAGGACCUGCAAAAUUUCUACGAAUUUGCUCCUUGUCGACAAACCAAGACGGAGAGGGUUUCGAUAUGGAAUAGCUAUUUUCAAGAUAACCGUUACUGUGAGAUUGGAUUUAGCACAGAAAUAAGCAAGGAAGGUGUUUUGCUAGCUGGAGGACCUGGCGGGUAUUCCUUUGAAGGACUCUACGUUACAAUCCCUCUUUCCAGUAUUCUGGGAAAUUCUGCAGUGAUAAGGGAAUUUCCUGACCUCUACAUGUCGGAGGAGAAUCGGCGUGUGUCUAACGCCUAUAAAGGUUUUGCAGUUGCUUAUGGUGAAUUUACAGAGGAUGACUCUCCAGAGAUAGUUCUUGGAAGCCCAAUCAUGUUAAGCAGGGGCAUGGUUGAAAUCUAUUCAGGCAGCAAAAAUAUGGUGACCUUCAAAGGAGAACAGACCGCCUCCUAUUUUGGCCAUUCAGUAGCCGUUACAGACAUCAACGGAGAUGGGCUUGAUGAUCUACUGGUGGGAGCUCCCCUUUUCAUGGAGCGCAAGUCGAGUGGAAAGUUCCUGGAAGUUGGGCAAGUCUACAUAUAUCUGCAGAAGAGACCCAGGAUUGUGGACAGGAACCCUCAGAUCCUCAACGGAAAUCGUGUGUAUGGACAUUUUGGUGCAUCCAUUGCUCCUCUAGGAGACCUGGAUCAAGAUGGAUACAAUGAUGUGGCUGUAGGCUCUCCUUUUGGAGGUCAGUCUGGAGCUGGCUGUGUUUACAUUUACAAGGGUGAGAAGUCAGGGCUGUCUACACAUCCAUCACAGAUCUUGGAGAGCCCCCAAGCAGCACCAUCCAGUUUUGGCUUUUCAUUGAGAGGAGGGCAAGACAUUGAUCAGAAUGGAUAUCCAGAUCUGGUAGUUGGAGCUUUUGAAGCGGACACAGUCUAUGUCUUCAGAGCCCAACCGGUAGUUCAUCUCUAUACUUCAUUGAUAUUCACUCCAGAUUCCUUGAACCCGGACCUGAAGAACUGUAAACAGCCCAGUAUUGGUGAUGUCAGCUGCUUCACAGUGCGCGUCUGUGUCCGGACCUCGGGGAAAAGUCUACCCAACACACUGAGCCUGUCUGCUGACAUCCAGCUGGACAGCCAGAAGAGCCGAUUUCUCCGCAGAACCCUCUUCACCGAUUCAUCGCAGCCCAGCAAAAAAAUCACUAUGGAGAGCCAGAGCAAUUCACAGCGGACCUGCACCGAUAUCGGGGCCCAUCUGCGGGGUGAAAAUGAGUUUAAGGAUAAGCUGAGCCCAAUAGUUAUCAGUGUGAACGUCAGUCUGAACACUGCACCAUCUUCUAGCAUCUUACCACCUAUAAUACAUGGGAACACCUUCCUACAAGAGCAGAUACAUAUAUUACUGGAUUGUGGAGAAGACAAUAUCUGCAUUCCUGACCUGCAGCUGAGUGCUGGCUGGGGUAUGGAUCCACUUGUUAUUGGAGAGGAGAAUCUUGUACAAAUCCACUUUGAUGCAGAAAACCUUGGAGAAGGGGCUUACGAAGCAGAAUUGCACGCUACGCUUCCCCCUGGGGCUCAUUAUAUGCAGAUUUUGGGAGAAGUUGAGGAGAAGAUUUUGUGCACUCCAAGAAAAGCGAAUGACACAGAACUUGUGGUGUGUGAGCUGGGUAACCCCAUGAAGAAUGGCGCACAGAUCCAUGCAGGGCUUCUACUGAGCAUCAGUGACCUGGAAGACAGCGAAGGCAACUUCUCCUUCCCAAUGCAAAUCAAAAGCCGCAACAGUCAGAAUCCAAGCAGUUCGGUUGUAUGGGUGCAUUUAAAUGUGACAGUUAAAAUAUUACUAGACCUUCGGGGGAAUACGCACCCUUCUGAUGUUGUACUCCCCUUACCCAACUGGAAGCCUAAAGAAGAAUCUGAUAAACCAUUGGAUAAAGGGGAGAUAGUGACGCAUGUCUACGAGUUGCACAAUGCUGGUCCAGGCACUGUCAACGUCAAGUUGGUUAUUGAGAGUCCUGAACGCUAUGAAGAGGACAUUUUCCUAUAUCCACUGCGUCUGAAGCCUGAUGAACAACUGAACUGCACUUCUGGCGAACUCAACUUUUUGCAGCUGGACAUUGCAGAACCAACUAAAACACCUUCGGACUUCAGUAAGGGAGGUGAUCAUACACUGAAGAAGAGAGAGGCGUUGGGCAUGGAUCAAGAUGGUGGGAAUACGGGGACGGAAAACAGUACAAGCACCAAAGAUGGACCCAAGCACAAACAGCCUAUUACACUGAGCUGCGGUGACUCAGCCUGCUGGAAGGUUGAGUGCGUCAUCGACAAUCUGGAUAAGGGAAGGAGGGUGACAGUAGCACUUGAGUCCGUGCUAUGGAUUUCCAGCUUCAUGAAGAGACCUCAGCAGCCCUUCAACCUGACUUCCCGAGGUUACUUCCAGGUGACCGGUGUCCCCUACAGGAUAAAACCUACCACUGUUAAGGACACAGAAAAGCAAGCUGUCACGGUGGUUCAGUGGGUGACUCUGGAUGGACAGAAAGAGAUUCCUAUGUGGUGGAUAAUCCUAGGAGUUCUUGGGGGGCUGCUUAUCCUGGCAUUGUUUGUAUUUGUCAUGUGGAAGCUGGGAUUCUUCAGAAGGACACGACCUCCAUCAGAUGAUGAGCAAGAUUUAACCGGAGACAAAUAAUGAACUACUAACAUUUUAUUGCCUGUGCUUUUUAAAACCAAAUAGAGAUUAAAUGUGCUGAUUCCAUGUGUUAGUUGUGUUAAUGUGUUAGUUUUGUACAUUAUUGUAAACACUCGGUAACUGUUUACCAUUGCCAACUUGCUAUUAAAGUACUGAAGUAUUA